AUGGGCUCCUCCGCGACGACGGCCCCGCCGUCGCCGGAGGACUCCACCAGCACCACGGCGUUCCGCCGGGACUCGGUGAGCUCCUGCGGGACCUCCGGGCACACCAUGCCCGGCGCCGCAGACAUGCCUCCAGCCUGGCUGAGAUUGUCGCUGCCCGCCGAGGUGGGCUCUCCCGUUGGCCCGGAGAAGCGAGGCACCAGUCCUUGCGCUUCGGAAACGAGGCCCAGGGUGGACCCGCCCAUCCCCAUCACCGGCAAGGUCUUCGUCACCGCGAAGGCUGCCGCAGGCGGCCACGCCAGCCCAAUGACGGGCCACGCCAGCCCCAUGGCGCACCAAGCGGGUUAUCCAGGCCAUGUGGCCCGCACUAUGUCGCCGCGAUCAGAGACAGGCCCUGUGGGCCGCACUCUUUCUCCGCGACCAGAGACAGGCGCUAGAAGCCCGCCGGGGCACAAAGUCUUGGUGAGGGCGAAGACGAGUGGCGUAGAGAAGGGGCCCCAGGAGACGACGCCGGUGGCGAGGCCCAAGGAGCAGGUCUUGGUGAAGUCCAAGACGCAGACGGGGCUGCCCCACUCAAGGGGCGACGCCCUCCGGAGCCCCGUGCUGCGGCCGGCACCACGGCUGGUGGUCCCCCCCGGCAAGGAGGGUGGAGGCAGCCCGCGCAUGGACCGGAAGCUGGUCACCCCGCCGGCACCGUUGCCGAAAAGCGGGGUCAGCACGCCCCAGGGUCCUCCCGAACGCAGCAUCACCGACCGCAGCGACCGUAGCGCUCCGAGUGACCGUGGGGACCGCAGCGAGCGCAACUCGGUGACGAGUGCGCCGGGGGCGAGCCCCACCUCGGUGACAUCGCCCAAGACCCGGAUCAGCGCGCCUCCCUCGCCCAAGGUGGGCGCCAGAGCCGUGGCGGUGAUCCCGGCCUCGCCCGCGCGAACCCGCAGCCCUGGGAGUCCAUGCAGCCCAGGCAGCCCCGGGAGCAGCCCAACAAGCCCGCCGCAGAGGCGGCAGGACCAGAAGGCACAGACGCUGCGCGAGGGGCGCGCGCGUGAGGAGCAGAAGGCGUUGAUGGUGAGGGAGCGGAAGCAGACGGUGAAGAGCCUGUCGCCUGCGCCCUCGCGCGCGGAGAAGGCGCUGCUCACGCCUAAUUCCCCCACCUCGGCCCCAGAGCCUAUGGCGCCGGAGGAGGUGGAGGCGCUGCAGAAGCUGCACAGCGAUGCAAAUCUGAUCAAGGAGGCCUUGGAAGACAAGCAGAAGAUGCAGAAGUAUUCCAGGUCGUGCUUCGCGGCGGCGGAUGUGAACGGGGACGGCGAGCUCAGCUUCGAGGAGCUGUGCAAGUGCAUGCAGAAGAUGAACGCCGAGCUGGGCAUCGGAGACUUCACGGAUCGCCACGUGGAGCACUACAUGCAGAGGUUCGACAUCGACGGCGACAAGCUGUUGAAUCCAGAAGAGUUCCUGGAGCUCUACCGGACUCUGCUCAUGGUGAAGCUCGAGGAGGUCGAGCCCGCGGACUUCUCCCGGAACAUGUUCAUCGGCCGCCGGAAGGGCAAGGUGGAGGACGACUACCGCGUGAGCGGCAUCAUGGGUGUGGGAUCCUUCGGGGUGGUGCGCAAAGUCCUGUGCAGGAACACAGGCACCACCCGAGUCAUGAAGGUCGUCGACAAGCAAAAGGCUUUGAGUGGCGGCUAUCCUUUGAAGCUGAUUAUGGAGGAGAUCGACAAGUUGAGGACCCUGGACCACCCCGCGGUCCUCCGGCUCUUCGAGUACUGCGCGGACGAGAGGAACCUUUACCUCAUCACGGACUUGUUGCCAGGGGGCGACUUGCUGGACGCAGUGGAAGGGUCAUAUAACAAGAAGAGGUACCUGCAGGAGCCCUGGGUCCGAGACGUUUUCCGCCAGGUCUCCGAAGGAGUCGCAUACUGUCACGCAAAAGGUGUCAUGCACAAGGACCUGAAGCUGGAGAACAUUAUGCUGGCGUCCUUUGACCCGCCAGAGGCCGUGGUUAUCGACGUGGGCCUGGCGGAGCUCUUCCCGGUCUCCGAGGCGGACUCCUUCCGCUCCGCGGACCCCGCGGGGACGCUGGCCACCAUGGCCCCGGAAGUGAUCCGCGGCAGCUUCAACGCCAAGUGCGACGUGUGGUCUCUGGGCUGCUGCUUGUACGCCCUGCUCUGCCGGCGCCCCCUGCGCCUGGAGGACAACGUCCGUGGUGGGAAGGACACCGUGGAGCUCUAUGACUACUUCUACCCUUUCACCCCACCCCCCGAUGAGUCGCGGCAGGAGCUGAAGGCCUACUUGGUGCGCCAGAAGGAGGGCCCCGACUUCUCAAGGCUCCAGUGCUCGGAUGAGGCCAAGGACCUGCUGGCCCAGCUGCUGAUCUUUGACCGGGCCCGGAGCCCCAGAUUUGCGUUGUUCGAGUACAGCCGCCAAGGGAAGCUGGAGGAGGUGCAGGCAGAGCUGGCCGAGGGGGAGAGCCCCAACGACGCCUACAUGGGCUACGACGGGCGCACGGCCCUCAUGGCAGCGGCGCGGAACGGGCACUGCGCGGUGGUCUUGGCACUGCUGGGGGCCCGGGCCGACCUAACACCCCGCUCGGAGGAGGGCAGCGACGCCCUGCUGCACGCGGCGGCGGGCGGCAGCGCGGAGGUGGUGAAAGCGCUGCUGGCAGCGCGGGCGGAGGUGGUGGAGAAUGAGGAGGGGCUGACUGCGCUGCAGCUGGCAAGGCACUACGGGCACCUGGCAGCCGCCGAGAUCUUGGAGGGCCUAUCCGCCGCUGAGAAGCCUGUAGAAGGCGGCGGAUCCAAAGCGGCGGUUUUGGCGGGGGAGCACUUUGCCUAUGAGUGCCUGGAGGAUGCGGAGCUAGCAGAGGCCGCGUUGCGGCAGUACGGGGAGGCGCAGAAGCUGCGGCCGAAGCCGCCCUCCGAGGACAAGCACAAGAUCUUGAAAGACCUGGCGCAAACGAAAUUGCGCACCUUCCAGCGGAGCCACCACUGGGUGCAGAUCUCGAAGGCCAAUGGGACCAUCUCCCGGGAGCAGAUGGACAGCUUGCUGCAGUUCCACCGCAUCAACCCGCUGGCUCAGGCAGUGCUCUUGGACCUGUCCUCGCAGCUUCCGCUGAAGCAGCUGAGACAGAUGAUCAGCCUCUUUGAGUCAAUGGACAAAGAUGGCAACGGCAUGCUGGACGAGGCGGAGCUUGCGGAGGCGCUGAAGCUGGCGGGCAUGGGCGAGGAAAACGCCCGAGCGGCCGCCUGCCGACUGGCCAAGGGCUCAGGGGGGUUCGUGGAAUUCUCCCGCUUUGUGGCGGCCCUGGCGCCCUCGACGACGGCGUUGCUGGAGGACGACGAAUUGCUGCGCAGCAGCUUCAAUCGCCUGGACGCGAAUGGUGAUGGCUACGUCAGCCGGAGCGAGUUGCAGCGGCUGCUGGAGCGGGGCGCUCGGCCCGUGUCGACCCCAGAGGAGGACGUGGCCCCGGAGCGCGUGCGCCGUGCCUCGCAGACGGCGCGCCAGGCCUUCGACGCCAUCAGCCCCUCGCUUGGCAGCCAUUUUUUGGUGGCUUGA